AAUUGUCCUGGGAAUGUCCGAGGUAGAGAAAGGGAGCGAGGGAGCAAGCAAGAAGCUGGAGGAUCAGUGCCCCUGGCGGGGAGGGGAUGGGGUGGCGGGAGAACUGCCCCUCCCCCCCAGCCACAAACCCAUCAGCUGAUGUUUGAGCCAGCAUGUCGCGGAGGAAGCAAGCGAAGCCUCAACAUUUCCAAUCCGACCCCGAAGUGGCCUCGCUCCCCCGGCGAGAUGGAGACACAGAAAAGGGUCAACCGAGUCGCCCUACUAAGAGCAAGGAUGCCCACGUCUGUGGCCGGUGCUGUGCCGAGUUCUUUGAAUUAUCAGAUCUUCUGCUCCACAAGAAGAACUGUACUAAAAAUCAAUUAGUUUUAAUCGUAAAUGAAAAUCCAGCCUCCCCACCCGAAACCUUCUCCCCCAGCCCCCCUCCCGAUAAUCCUGAUGAACAAAUGAAUGACACAGUUAACAAAACAGAUCAAGUGGACUGCAGCGACCUUUCAGAACACAACGGACUUGACAGGGAAGAGUCCAUGGAGGUGGAGGCCCCGGUUGCUAACAAAAGCGGCAGCGGCACUUCCAGCGGCAGCCACAGCAGUACCGCCCCAAGCAGCAGCAGCAGCAGCGGCGGCGGCGGCGGCGGCGGCGGCUCCUCCACAGGUACCUCAGCGAUCACAACCUCUCUACCUCAACUCGGGGACCUGACAACACUGGGCAACUUCUCCGUAAUCAACAGCAACGUCAUCAUCGAGAACCUCCAGAGCACCAAGGUGGCGGUGGCCCAGUUCUCCCAGGAAGCGAGGUGCAGCGGGGCCUCUGGGGGCAAGCUGGCCGUCCCAGCCCUCAUGGAACAACUCCUAGCUCUGCAGCAGCAGCAGAUCCACCAGCUGCAAUUGAUCGAACAGAUUCGUCACCAAAUAUUGCUGUUGGCUUCUCAGAAUGCAGACUUGCCAACAUCUUCUAGUCCUUCUCAAGGUACUUUACGAACAUCUGCCAACCCCUUGUCCACGCUAAGUUCCCAUUUAUCUCAGCAGCUGGCAGCAGCAGCUGGAUUGGCACAAAGCCUCGCCAGCCAAUCUGCCAGCAUUAGUGGUGUGAAACAGCUACCCCCAAUCCAGCUACCUCAGAGCAGUUCUGGCAACACCAUCAUUCCAUCCAACAGCGGCUCUUCUCCCAAUAUGAACAUAUUGGCAGCGGCAGUUACCACCCCGUCCUCUGAAAAAGUGGCUUCAAGUGCUGGGGCCUCCCAUGUCAGCAACCCAGCGGUCUCAUCAUCGUCCUCACCAGCUUUUGCAAUAAGCAGUUUAUUAAGUCCUGCGUCUAAUCCACUUCUACCUCAGCAAGCCUCCACUAACUCGGUUUUCCCCAGCCCUUUGCCCAACAUCGGAACAACUGCAGAGGAUUUAAACUCCUUGUCUGCCUUGGCCCAGCAAAGAAAAAGCAAGCCACCAAAUGUCACUGCCUUUGAAGCGAAAAGUACUUCCGAUGAGGCAUUCUUCAAACACAAGUGCAGGUUCUGCGCGAAGGUCUUUGGGAGUGACAGUGCCUUGCAGAUCCACUUGCGUUCCCAUACCGGAGAGAGGCCAUUCAAGUGCAACAUCUGCGGGAACAGGUUCUCCACCAAGGGGAAUCUGAAAGUCCACUUUCAGCGCCACAAAGAGAAAUACCCUCAUAUCCAGAUGAACCCCUAUCCUGUGCCUGAGCAUUUGGACAAUAUCCCCACGAGUACUGGCAUCCCAUAUGGCAUGUCCAUCCCUCCAGAGAAGCCAGUCACCAGCUGGCUAGACACCAAACCAGUCCUACCUACUCUGACCACUUCAGUCGGCCUGCCGUUGCCCCCAACCCUCCCAAGCCUCAUACCCUUCAUCAAGACGGAAGAGCCAGCCCCCAUCCCCAUCAGCCAUUCUGCCACCAGCCCCCCAGGCUCAGUCAAAAGUGACUCCGGGGGCCCUGAGCCAGCCACAAGAAACCUAGGUGGGCUCCCAGAGGAAGCCGAAGGGUCCACUCUGCCACCCUCUGGUGGCAAAAGCGAAGAGAGUGGCAUGGUCACCAACUCAGUCCCGACGGCGAGCAGUAGCGUUCUGAGCUCCCCAGCAGCAGACUGCGGCCCCACGGGCAGUGCCACCACCUUCACCAACCCUUUGUUGCCGCUCAUGUCCGAGCAGUUCAAGGCCAAGUUUCCUUUUGGGGGACUCCUGGACUCAGCUCAGGCAUCAGAGACGUCCAAGCUUCAGCAACUGGUAGAAAACAUUGACAAGAAGGCCACUGACCCCAAUGAGUGCAUCAUCUGCCACCGGGUUCUCAGCUGCCAGAGCGCCUUGAAAAUGCACUACAGGACACACACUGGGGAGAGGCCCUUUAAGUGUAAGAUCUGUGGCCGGGCUUUCACCACGAAAGGGAAUCUUAAAACCCACUACAGUGUCCAUCGUGCUAUGCCCCCGCUCAGAGUCCAGCAUUCCUGCCCCAUCUGCCAGAAGAAGUUCACGAACGCUGUGGUCCUGCAGCAGCACAUCCGAAUGCAUAUGGGAGGCCAGAUCCCCAACACCCCAGUCCCCGACAGCUACUCUGAGUCCAUGGAGUCUGACACAGGUUCCUUUGAUGAGAAAAAUUUUGAUGACCUAGACAACUUCUCCGAUGAAAACAUGGAAGACUGUCCUGAGGGCAGCAUCCCCGAUACACCUAAGUCUGCAGACGCCUCCCAAGACAGCUUAUCCUCUUCGCCUUUGCCCCUCGAGAUGUCGAGCAUCGCUGCUUUGGAAAAUCAGAUGAAGAUGAUCAAUGCUGGCCUGGCAGAGCAGCUACAGGCCAGCCUGAAGUCAGUGGAGAAUGGGUCCGUCGAGGGGGAUGUCCUGACCAAUGAUUCAUCCUCAGUGGGUGGUGACAUGGAAAGCCAAAGUGCUGGCAGCCCAGCCAUCUCAGAGUCUACCUCUUCCAUGCAGGCUCUGUCCCCGUCCAACAGCACGCAGGAGUUCCACAAGUCACCCAGCAUUGAGGAGAAACCACAGAGAGCGGUCCCAAGCGAGUUUGCCAAUGGUUUGUCUCCCACCCCAGUGAAUGGUGGGGCUUUGGAUUUGACAUCUAGUCACACAGAGAAAAUCAUCAAAGAAGAUUCUUUGGGGAUCCUCUUCCCUUUUAGAGACCGGGGUAAAUUUAAAAACACUGCUUGUGACAUUUGUGGCAAAACAUUUGCUUGUCAGAGUGCCUUGGACAUUCACUAUAGAAGUCAUACCAAAGAGAGACCAUUUAUUUGCACAGUUUGCAAUCGUGGCUUUUCCACAAAGGGUAAUUUGAAGCAGCACAUGUUGACACAUCAGAUGCGAGAUCUGCCAUCCCAGCUCUUUGAGCCCAGUUCCAACCUUGGCCCCAAUCAGAACUCAGCGGUGAUUCCCGCCAACUCGUUGUCAUCUCUCAUCAAGACAGAGGUCAACGGCUUCGUGCAUGUUUCUCCUCAGGACAGUAAGGACACCCCCACCAGUCACGUCCCGUCUGGGCCUCUGUCUUCCUCUGCCACAUCCCCAGUUCUGCUCCCUGCUCUGCCCAGGAGAACUCCCAAGCAGCACUACUGCAACACAUGUGGCAAAACCUUCUCCUCAUCGAGUGCCCUGCAGAUUCACGAGAGAACUCACACUGGAGAGAAACCCUUUGCUUGCACUAUUUGUGGAAGAGCUUUCACGACUAAAGGCAAUCUUAAGGUACACAUGGGCACUCACAUGUGGAAUAGCACCCCUGCACGACGGGGUCGGCGGCUCUCUGUGGAUGGCCCCAUGACAUUUCUAGGAGGCAAUCCCGUCAAGUUCCCAGAAAUGUUCCAGAAGGAUUUGGCGGCAAGAUCAGGAAGUGGGGAUCCUUCCAGCUUCUGGAAUCAGUAUGCAGCAGCGCUCUCCAACGGGCUGGCGAUGAAGGCCAACGAGAUCUCCGUCAUUCAGAACGGUGGCAUCCCUCCAAUUCCUGGAAGCCUCGGCAGUGGGAACAGCUCACCUAUUAGUGGGCUGACGGGAAACCUGGAGAGGCUCCAGAACUCAGAGCCCAAUGCUCCCCUGGCCGGCCUGGAGAAAAUGGCAAGCAGUGAGAACGGAACCAACUUCCGCUUCACCCGCUUCGUGGAGGACAGCAAGGAGAUCGUCACGAGUUAAAGCAGCUCGGGCUGGAGACAUAGCAUUCAUUCCUGUUCAGAAUGCGACCUAUGGUGGCCUCCUACUCCUUGCCCCCCACCCCGCCCCGCCCCUUCCUUCUGUUCCCCAGAUCUAUGAACUACAACAUUAUGAAGACAUUCUUUUGUACCUUGUUCAACUUUAGAGUUCUAAGAAAGCUUAUUUAUUAGUGAUAUAACCUUGCUUUGCAAACAGAAUGCAAGCGUUAACUUUGGUCUUCUGUAUUUUGGACUAAAUACUAAUUGACUAGAGUGCUGUAAACUUGCUGUAACAUUUAUGGCAAUUGCAAGUUGCCCUGCUAGGCAGUUGUAAUCUGGCAUUAACUUAUUUUCUAUAUCCAGUUUAAUAUGAAUCUGGUGUUGAUGCAAUGCCUCAGUGAUGCAUUAGAUCUCUAAUAAAGUCUGUAUAUACAUGUA